CUCACCAGCCUCACAGGAAUGAUUCUCGCAGGUUUCUUUACUCUGUUCCUCCUCACAGAUGGAAAUACUUCAUCGUUACAACAACUUGAAGAUCUUCCAGGAUCAUCCAGAACGUUUGACAAAAUGUCAGGUGGAAAUACCUCUGAUCCAGAAGUUUACCCGCCUCCAUCAACAAUCCCUGAUAUAGGUGGAAAUACCUCUGAUCCAAACCCUGAUGAAUACUUGGUCUUAAUGGCUGCAAAUAUAGAUAUAAGUUUAAUGGAGUACCCAAGUACAGAAAACAUGAAGCUGGUCUUUGAACAAAUUCGAGAACAUGAGGUUCACUCUCCAGAGGAAUGCAGUACUCGGGCUGUUUUGAACCACCUGAAUCUGACCCAGGACAGUGACAAGUACACUGUGGGUCGGCCCGUUAAACACCAAAGUCAUUUGACGUGGGUACUUCUGGACAUGAGGAUUUAUGCUAUUCUAGAUGUGAGAGAAAGUGACCAGACUUUCAUUGCAUAUAUUUGGAUUUACUUGAGAUGGGACAAUGAGCACAUCUGGUGGGACCCGGAGCAAUUCUGUGGAACCACACAUAUCUUAGUCCCCACUAAAUAUUUGUGGAUGCCAGAUAUGACUAUUGAGGAGAUGACAGAGCAGGACAAAGCCUCUCCAAGUCCUAAUCUCAACAUCAGGAACUACGGCUGGGUUGAAUUCAGAAAUGACCAGGUGGUGAUCAGCACAUGCAGGAUGCGUGUUUACAAAUUCCCAUUCGACGUUCAGAGCUGCAACAUCUCCUUCAAGUCCAUUAUGUACUCAGAUGAAGAAAUAAAGUUAUUUUACUACAAGAACAAUUCGGAGAUCUCAGAGUGGUCUCGAAAAGCUAUGGAGACGCAGUAUGAGUGGCUGUUUGUCAGCAUGACAGUCACAAGCAAAACCGUCAACCAUUUUGGCUUCAAUCAAACAAUGAUUGUUUACACAAUAAACAUGAAGCGGAGAUCUGUUCUCUACAUUGCAAACUUCUUGCUGCCUGUUUUUUUCUUCCUGUGUCUGGACUUCGCCUCCCUCCUCAUGUCAGACACCGGUGGUGAGAAGGUUGGCUUCAAAAUCACCAUUCUGCUUGCCGUCACAGUGAUGCAGCUCAUUCUCAAUGACAUUCUUCCAUCUUCCUCGGAUAAGAUUCCCUUAAUAGCGGUUUAUUGCAUUGGGACUUUUGCUCUUAUGCUGCUCAGCCUGUUGGAAACAAUUUUGGUGAUUCAUCUAAUUAAUAGAGACGCAUGGCAGGACAAUGAUCAGGAAAAGACAAAAGACCCAAUUGAAGGUCAGGAGGAGAAACUGACCAACUCGCACACAUGUUUUAUUGGAAUCAAGAAUUGUAGUAACUGUGCAUCUGUUAACAAAAACUCAGCUAAUAGAAGGCUUUCUAUUGGAAAAGAGGGCAACAAGGGCGGAGUUACCGAAGUCUCCAUUGCACUCGAAAAGAUGUCAGAUGAGCUUGGAGAAAUCAAGAAAUCAAUAACUCUUCUCAGUGGCAGACAGGCAGAGGAUAAAGUUGGUUACUGGACCAGAACUGUACAGAAAAUAAACAAGACUUUUGCAGUUUUUUAUGUCACAGCAGUUGUCCUGUUUUUACUGUUUGUCUCUAUAAUGUGGUAUUCUGCAGACGAGUAGUGAUUAAACGAACAAAUAGUUACUUUUUGUUUAUUUUGAACAUUGGCAUGUUUGACUUUUGCGCAUUAAGUGUUUGUGUGUUGUCUGAUCAUUCAUUUUUUUCCCCCACUGCAUAGUUUUGCUUUGCUAAAGCUGGUGAUUUGUGCAACCGUGUUAAUAAUCAACUUUGGGCUCCACCG